AAAGUCACCAGAACAGCAACAACGCAACAAGUCAAAUUCUCUUUGCCCGAACCAAGAACUAGCCAUAAAACAAGGAACUAUUCACGACCGACCCUCUCCCAUCAACCUCACUCACACCUAAACCAUGCCGCCAGUCCGGACAGCACGCGCCUCGAAAAAGGCACCUCCCGAUGGCUUCGAAGACAUCGAAGAUACGCUCCUCGAGUUUCAGAAUAAGAUGAAGGACGCCGAGAAUGCAUCACACGAGGGCAAGAAGAAGUACGAAAUGACGUGGCCCAUCUUCCAGAUCACGCACCAGCGCUCGCGCUACAUCUACGAGCUAUACUACGAGAAGGAGGCCAUCAGCAAACAACUCUAUGACUACCUGCUCAAGAACGGGUAUGCGGAUGCCAUGUUGAUCGCCAAAUGGAAGAAGCAGGGUUACGAGAAGCUCUGCUGUACGCGAUGCAUUCAGACGAAGGAGACAAACUUCCGUUCUACUUGCAUCUGCCGCGUUCCGAGAGACCAGCUCAAAGAGAACCAAGAUAUCCAGUGUGUAAACUGUGGGUGCAGAGGAUGCGCGUCGAGUGAUUGAGGAGACGUGAAACGCAUCAUGGGCUCGCAUAUUGAGAACAGUUUGCACGCAUACAAGAAGGACGAAGCGGAUACAGAACGCUCAUGGACAGUCGAAGCAUCUCGCGCUUGGAGGGACGGCGCGUCAGACAGGAUAGUCCGGAGUUGCAGCCAGGGACGGACAGGCGUUGAGGCACUAUAUGGAUACCCAGUCAUAUUUGAUUUGACGGCCACGGCAUCAUGGUGUCUGGUCAGAAGCCGCAAUAAUUCAUAUUGGAAGGUAGAGGUCCAUCGGUCGGACACAAGCCAAAUUCAGUCAUUAACAUAAGUGCAGAUGAAAAUCUACAUGCAGAGAUAAAUCAUUAAAAGGUUCAUAACAAUAUUCCCAGG